AUGGGACCCGCGAUGAAGCAGUUCGUCGGACCGAUCACCGAACCGCUGAUCGCCGUCAUCAACACGCAACAGAAUAUGCAGAGGACGUUGUUGGAGAAUACGGGUGCCAUGGAUUCUGCCAACUCAUUAGAACCAGAACUUCCCAAAGAAAAUGAAAAUGAAAAGAAGAAAAUUUGCAAAAUCUGUGGAGACAACGGAUUCAUGCGAUGCAAGGGAGUGAUGACAUGUGAAAGCUGUAGGGGAUUCUAUCGAAGCGUGGGAUCGGAUAACGAAUUCCGAUGCAGGUUUUACCAGAACUGUAAUAUCACAAUUUUGACCAGAAACUAUUAUGUGAAACUAUAUUGUGAAUACUGUCGAUAUCAAAAGUGUCUGAGCAAAGGAAUGCCCAGUUGUAAUGACGGAAAACCUCUCGAUUCAAAAUGUCCACAUUGCAAUUACAUCUCAGCAAACCCUCCAUUUUUGAAAAGGCAUAUUGAAGCCCAUGAACGAUUCCCCAACAAAAGAAUGUAUGAGUGUGAUGUGUGUAAAAUUCAAUACGGUAACAGAUCAAAUUUAAUCCGUCACCGGGUACAACAUAAGAAUCAACAGCUGUUUCAAUGCAAAGUCUGUGGAAUUGAAAAGACCCGCCAAGAUACUUUGCUGGAUCAUCAAAUGACUCAUAUCAAAAAAAUGUGGAAUUUUGAAUGUCCGGCGUGUGAUGAGCAAUUUUCAACGUAUUCAAAUUUGAUGGAACACCUUCAGGAUACAAGCAAAACCCAGGAAAACCAUAUGAUAGGGUGUAAAAAAUGCCGAAAAAAAUUCCCGAAUUUGAAACGUCUUCAAGUUCAUUUUUAUAUUGAUUCGUGUCAAGAUGAGACAUUUUCAACUCUCCAGAACAUGCCAGAACUCAAAGAUCAUGACUACUUGAGCACAUCCUCAAAUGACGUGGAUUUGUCGAUUCCUGGAUUUCCGGAAAUUCCACAAAAUUCAAAUGAUGAGAUAGUAAAUCAACUUCUGGGCAUGCUCAAAUACAAUUCCAAUUGGAAUCCGGAUUUUUCUUCAACGUCAUCUUCAAAUAUUACUUCUUCUGAAGCUUCUGUAGAGCCAUCGCCGAGUCCGGAGCUGGAAGCCGAGACCUGGAAGGAGCAGGAAGUUUCGAAAAAGGAGAAUUUUUUGAAAUUUGGGAUUUCUGAACAAAAACUGGAUCUGUAUAAGGACCCGGCUCCUGAAAAUCUGGAAUUUGUCCAGCCAAGCUUCUUUGAUAUUUUGGCUCAACAAAAUAAUACACCCGUUCCUAAAAAUUUUAAUUCGAAAAUUGAGAAUCGAGAAUUUCUUGACAUUCCAUCGCCCCAAAAUUCGGACCCAUACAAGGAUCUGUCCUGCACUACAUGUGGAAUUACAUUCAAAGUCUACUUCAUGUACGAUAUCCACGCGAACACACACUCUCCAGAUGAUCCUUUAAAAUGUGGAUUGUGUGGAAUUCAGUUUCAGAAUAAAUAUGAAUUCACCACACAUAUGAUUUUGGGAAAUCACUCGAAUUUGAUCCCGAAAUGA